AUGGAUUUAUGUGAGUAAUUUAAAGAAACUGUAAAAUUAUAUUUAAAAUAUAGCUUUAAGAAUAAGAUGACAAUAGCAGAUAAAUAUUGAUGUUUAGUGUAAGUAGAAAAUUGAGUAGAAUAUUUCCUUUUCCUUCAGUUACCAAAUAUAUUGACAUAUUUACUGAUCGCCAGUCAAUUAUAUGA